UAUCGAUCCAGCUUUUAUCUUUCGCGCUAAAACACGCGCUAACAAGUUUGCCGCGCUAAACCUUACCGAGACGAGUUGCGGUUAGGUAAGCCCCGCCUGGACUCUCAUUUCACCUCUUGUAAUCUAUCGAUGAUAAUCGGGCGCAUGAGGUCUCUAUCGCUUUAUAGUCCACACCUUACACCACCGCUUCUAUCUGUCUUGCUUAUCUGGUGUACUUUUCUUUGAUAUCGCUUACUCAGUCGCCAGAAUGGCCGACGCACUUUCGAUCGAGCAGAACAACAAGAUUCGAGUGGCGCUCGGUUUAAAACCACUCCCCGUCCCCGGUGCCGACGCCUCUGGUCCUGCCUUUGAAAACGACGGCUCGAGCUCAUCUUCCGAAGAUGAUGAGCCGGGAAGCACACUCGAGUCGCGUGAGGCGCUGGCCUCCUCGAACUGGAAGAAGAUUCAAGAUGAAGCGGAGGCGAAACGGAAACGGGAAGAACGAAAUGCAGUGAUCAGAAGGGCGCGUGACGAGGCUCAAAGAAACGUAAAACUCCAGGGCCCGACUUUAGGAGAGUCUGCAGACGCGGAGGUGGACACGAAGACUUGGUUACAGCAGACGAAGAAGCGACAGAAGAAGAUCGAGAAAGAACGCGCGCGCAAACUCGCAGAAGAGCUCGAGGAGCGUGCUCGUGCAGCUGAAUAUACGGCAGAAGAUCUGGCUGGUGUCAAAGUUGGACAUUCUGUUGGGGACUUUGAUGGGGGUGAGGAUCACAUUCUUACGCUGAAGGAUGCAACGAUCGAUGAGAACGAGGAGGAAGGGGACGAGUUGGAGAAUCUUGAUCUCAAGGAGAAGGAGAAAACUGCGGAGAAGGUCGAACUGAAGAAACGCAAACCCGUCUACGAUCCUACGGAAGAAAAUACCGGAAUACUAGCACAGUACGAUGAGGAAAUUGAGGGCAAGAAGAGAAAGCGAUUCACGCUCGAUGCCCAGGGAUCUACAGUCGAGGAACGGGAUGCCAAACGACAGGAAAUCUCGCAGAAGUUGAAAAAGAAUAUCAUCAGCCUUGACUUCGAAGCGGAGACCCCAACUUCUGAUUAUAUGGAUGUGAGCGAAAUUAAGCUCAAGAAACCCAAGAAAAAGAAGGCCAAGGCGACAAAGCAACGUGCUGUUAUGGACGAGGAUGAUAUAUUUACUAUGACUGAGUCGACGGAUACACCAAAUGGAAACUCCAUGGAGGUCGACACAAGUAAUGGAGAGCCUGUAUCAGCCCCCGCGGCCCACAAGCCCGCUAGUGAGGAUGUCUCGUUUGUGGAUGAUGAUGAUCUGCAGGCUUCUCUUACACGCCAGAGACGUGCUGCUUUCAAGAAGCGGCAGAAAGUACGUCCUGAGGACAUCGCACGACAACUUAGAGAAGAAGCAUCACAAACGCCAAUGGAAGUGGAAAACUCUGGCGAGAACGAGGAAGAACCCGGCCUAGUUAUAGACGAGACCUCAGAGUUUGUCUCUAAUUUACAGAAACCCACACUUCCCGAGCGCCGGGAAAGGCGGACAACAACGCCCGCUGAGGAGCCACGCGCCAAGUCUGAAGGCCCUAGUAUCAAGGAAGAGCUACCGGAGGAUGGCGAUGUGGAUAUGGAACGUUCAUACAAUAAUAUCGAGGAUGAGGAAGAUCUUAAAGCGCGUAUCAAGAGUGAAGAAGCUACGGCGAAUCAGCAAAUCAGCGGUACGGGUUUGGAAGAAGAGAGCACCCUGGAUCAAGGUCUUGGUGCUACAUUGUCUAUGCUCAAGCGGCGUGGCUUGGUCAAGUCGUCUGAUGCGGCAGAGCAUAAUUCGCUCAUCCGAGAUCGACAGCGCUUCUUACAAGAGAAGCAGCGCCUCGAAACUGAGGCCGAAAAACGUGCUCGUCUACAGCGUGAGCGUGACCGAACCUCUGGAAAGCUCAACCAGAUGUCUGCUCGUGAAAGAGAAGAGUACGCGAGGUGGGAGAACAAGCAACGUGAUCAACAAGAAGCUCGUCAUAUGGCUGAAGUCUUUAACCGGGAAUACAAGCCUGAUGUGCAACUCAAGUAUGUGGAUGAAUUUGGCCGCAUGAUGAACCAGAAAGAGGCAUUCAAGCAUCUGAGUCACCAGUUUCACGGCAAGGGAAGUGGUAAGAUGAAGACGGAGAAGCGACUGAAGAAGAUUGAAGAGGAAAAUAAGCGAGAGGCGAUGAGCGCAUUAGACAGCAGUCAGCAUACGGGUAUGAAUAAUGCCAUGGGAGCGACGGCCCGGAAGAAUCGUCAAGCUGGUGUGCGACUGGGAUAGAUCAUUGCAGCGAUGAUGUAUCCUUUAAUAUCCUAGGCCGUUUCUGCGAUGUUGAUGCCUUUGCCACUCAUGUAUUUUGAUUCACUAUAUUUCGUUGUAUAGCUUACAGAUACCAAGAAUAGAAGCAGCGCUUAGCCCGGUAUUUGCAACGGAUGUUCCCGGUUCAUCACCGUGGCUAUAUCUUUGUUUUUGGAGAAACUUGCCCCAAAAGUCGGAAAAAGGUCCAGAACCGUCAGCAGUAAGGUUGUUUACGGCUUUAUUACUUAUGGUUAUUGACGAUCAAUGACUUGGCGUGUGGGGAAUUUAACCGUUACAGCGCUGUCAGAUUCCGUCUCCAUCCGACAUAAUUGUCAAAACUGGAGGUACCUUGACCAGAGUCAGGGUGAUCAAUAAGGAGAGUUGUGGAGGAUUUUAAAUAUUCUCAUGUAUUAUGGCCAUUGCUUUCAAGGAGUUCUUCGCUGGAAGUCAAAGCAGGUA